AUGACUUCUAAUCACUUCUCACUAACCUCGCAUGGAUCAACUGACGAGGACGUAUUCAUUCUGACUACGGACGCUGAUGUAAAGUUUACACCGGAUUCCAUCGCAUACCUUCUUGAUUUGAUGGCACAUGACGGCAAAGUUGGUGCAGUUUGUGCCAGCACCUUGCCUCUAGGAAAUGGUCCAAUCGUUUGGUAUCAGGCCUUUGAGUACGCCAUUGGUCAUUGGUUUCAAAAGGCUGCUGAACAUGUAAUUGGCUCGGUUCUUUGUUCGCCUGGAUGUUUCAGCGUGUAUAGAUGUAAAGCAAUACGGGAGAUUCUACCAACCUACGCAUCAGAUGUAGAGCAUGCAUUUGACUUUCUUACAAAGGACAUGGGAGAAGAUAGAUGGCUUUGUACACUAAUGGUCCAAACCGGAAGAACUAUUGAAUACUGCGCUGCAUCCGAGAAUAGCACACAUUGUCCAGAUUCAUUCGAUGAAUUUUUCAAACAAAGAAGACUUUGGGUUGUUUCAACAAUUGCAAAUAUGUUGUUGUUGUUGCAAGAAUGGAACAAAGGUUUGGUAUUUGAAAUCUGA